AGAACAAUAUAGCAUACCGAAUAAGACGAAAAUGAAGCUCUUGAGCGUCUGUUGUUUGCUAUUUCUUUCUGUUUUCCAUUAUUCUGAGGCCAAGAGCGAGUGCAAGUGCAAACCCCAGCAUCCACAAGAGGCCUUCUGUGAUGAUAACGCGUUUGUUAUCAAAGCAAAGAUAUUAAGUAGAAAGAAACUGUCAUCUGGUCCUGGUUCAGAAAAUCGUGUUUAUAAAGUCAAAGUCUUAAAGGAUUACAAGAACACCUUCGAUCCUAUUCGAGGAAUAGAAAAGAUUUACACAAGUUCGUCACGUGAACCUUGUGGUGUAUAUUUCAGAAGGAAAGCAACAUAUAUUAUAAGUGGCCACAAAUCCGGUGCUUAUGGAAAGUUAACAACAAGUGCUUGUUCCUGGAGCCAAAAGAUCUGCACUAUCACAUCCUUCCAAAAGUUUGCUCUCAAGACUGGCAUGUACAAAAAGAAUUGCCAUUGUAAGAUUUUGGAUUGUUCGGAGGGAUAUUGUAAUCCACCAACAGGAGAGAACUGCGUAAUUAAAUUCAACAGAAAUUGCUUCCUGAAAAAGAACGCAUGCGUCCAAAAGUCUUCCUAUGGUGCCCUGCAGUGUGGUUGGAAAUUAAAUGCCUGUUCUUCGAAACCUCACUAUGGAACCAGCAAGGAGGUCGUCUACGAACCCGUCGACACGGAAGUUCCGGACCACGUCUACACUUCCGGUGAACAUGUGGUCCACAAACUCUUUAACCCGCAGGUAAAACCAAAUCAACAUAAAGGACCGGAAGACAAAAGCAUUGUCAUAGAGCCUUACACAAAACAUGUGUAUGAAAAUAUUGACCAUGUUUGACAAAAAGUUGUUGGCCUCUAGAUGCUGUCGUUUUAAAAAAUAACACAUUUCAAUUAUAUAUAUGAUUAUUUUGGAUAAAUAUCACUGAAUUGAAUUUUAUAACAUGUAAGCAAUUUUUUUUUUUGGCCUUCCAAUUAUCUUUUAUAUAUUAAUUAUUUUGUUAAAGACCCUAACAUUUCUGUUCUACAUCAAAUGUAUUGAAAAUUAAUUUUUUUAUCCCAUAGUUUUAUUAAGACACCUCUUUUAGGGAUUACAUAUUUCCUCAGGAUUUUUUUAAAUCGGAACAAAAUUAAACUUUUAUGCAAAGCAAAGUCUUAGUUUCACAUUAAUUAAACUGCGACAAACUCUUGAUAUUGCAGGCUGCUUAUUUGUCUUUGUGGCAUAGAUUUGUGUGUGUGUUUUUUCUAAAAUAGUCUAGAAUCUUUGAUGUGUGUGUUUUACAAUAGUCUAGAAUCUUUGAUGCAAGCAGGCAAGGACAUUUGAUAAGAAUGUAACAAAAUAUACUGUCUUCAUACCUGUCACAGAAAAAAAAAAUCAGUUUUAUUUUCAAUAAAGAUUUUUUUAUACAAA